AUGGAAACGAGAGCAAAAUCACGAGACAUUUUAGUGAAUCAUCUCGCCGGUUGUGAAGCUGUUUGCAAACCUCCGGAGCUGGAUGAAGUCAACGAGCGCAUUGCCGAGCAAGUCGAGAAGAAACAAGCUUCAGACAGUAGAUUAGAGAAAUUGGAAAAGAAAUUAGCGAGGCACCUUGCACAAGAAAAAGAGAGAUCGGCUGAGGCUGAACUACGACUAGAACAGGAGAUGAACGAUAUUCUUAUGAAGCGAGCAAGACAAAAGGAACAGAAACAAGAUACAGACAUAGUAGGGACAGUCGUGAAAGCUGCUGGAGAUUGGAGUAAGCACUUUCAGUCUGUGGCGACGGCCGAGAAGAAAAGGCAGAACAACCGGCGCACGGUCGUGCUGAUCGAUAGGACGGGAAAUGGGAAGUCAACCUGCGCCAAUGUCAUUGCGGGUUGUAACAGUGACGAUCCCGAACAACAGCUCUUCAGAGAGAGCGAUACAGCCGCUAGUGAAACGAAAGUCAUUAUUCAGAAGAAGAUACGUGUCACGUGGAAUAAAACCGUAUACGAUUUGAACAUAGUUGACACAAUUGGGCUCGAAGAUACCUCAUUGUCUGAAGAGCAAGUGCUGAAACGUCUAGCAAAAGUUUGUCAUACGUGCAAGGAAGGAUUGAAUGCUGUCCUUUUUAUAGUCAAAGGUAGACUGACAAAGGAAGAAGCUGACGCAUGGGAUAUCAUUUGGAAAGUUAUUUUCACUCCAGAAAUCUGUAACUGGACGACAGUGAUCCGAACCAAUUUUCCCGCAUUCAUGAAACCUGAGAGGGUUUCUGCUGAUAUGGCUGCUCUGAAAAAAGACGAACCAGGCGACAGAGUCAUGUCAAUAGUGAAGAAAGUACUGCACAUUGACAAUCCAUCGCUAAUUUACCCAUACGCACAGAAACACGUGCCUAGUCACGAGAUACGCUGAUAGCAAAAAUUGCUCUCUCUGACCAAGUUUACAAACCGGUAGAGUUAGAUCAAGUAAAUGAGUGCAUCUCGACUCACAUGGAAAAACAGUCUGAAGCAGACAAGAAAAUAGAAAACCUGAAGGCGGAUUACGCAAAGGAACGAAACGAAUUAGAGAAAGCUCGCA